AUGUCCACCAUAGUGUGCCAAGGUGUACAAUCAUGUCUCGACACACAGCUUGUUGAGACAAGGAUUCUCAGACUUACUUUUUCUGCCCCAAAAUCCAUAGAAUUCGGCAUGGAAACUAGAGAGAAAUGCCAUUAUGAAGACACCCACAAGAAGGCUACAACACAUCUAGACAAUGGGGGUUGGAGUUUUCUGCAGUCUCUCUCCAAUAUCUCACAGACCCACAAAGAAGAAACUUCUGAAAAAAGCCCAUAUGUCCAUCCUUUGGCCAAGCUUUCUUCUUCUUCUUCAAGGCUUACCCAAAAAAGCCUUGAACUAUGCACUGAAAACUUGGGCUGUGAGACAGGUACUGAUAUCAGUGAAAGUACCAUUUUCUCCUCCUCUUCAUAUACAAACAGUGAAAGUUCACCACCAAGGGAGAUAAAGAAUUGGGUUAAAAAAAUGGAGCCCAGGAAGGUGAAUUCUGGCAAUUUUCCACCUCCAUUGACGACAAUAAGGGGUUCGAAUUCUCUUCAAGUUAGGCCACACCGUGAAGGUGGAAGAUUGAUUAUCAAAGCCGUUGAGUCCCCAUCAACACACUCAUAUUUUCAAGCUGAAAGAAGCAAUGGACGCUUUCGACUAUCCUUUUUGAAGGACUGUGGCUCAAACUCUGACUUAGAAGAGACUGAUGGAGAAAAUGAGGAGGGAAACGAAGACGAUGACCUAGAGGAAAUUGAAAAUGAGGCUGAUGAAAGAGAAGAAGAUAGAGAACAGUUUAGUAUACGAGACACUAUUCAUUGCAGAGUACGUGAAUUAUCAAAUGUAAGUCGCUUUACUCCCGAAGAGAACGUUUUCGUCACUCCUUUACACGAAGAGAAUGUUUCUACCACUCGAACCCAUCACCGCAUAAUAGAAAAUCAAGAUGAUGAAGAAAAAUAUGGACAAGAAGAUGAAGAAGAAAGGAGUGUCUACAUGGGGAAGGAUAUGCAUGAUAAUAGUUUUGAUGUUGGGGUUGAAAUGGGAAUGGAAAAGUUUCAAAGCCCAAGCAGGUGCAAGGAAAGUGGGCAUGGCAACAAAAGAUUAUGUAAUUGGGAGCCUCUUUGGGUGGCUACUUCCUAA